UGUAAACUUGGCUUCACUGGAAAAUGUUUUGCACGACUGUUUUUGUCCUUACUUUUGCGUCAUAUGUCGUAGCUCAGAGCACUCCCUGGGGCCAGUGCGGUGGCACCGGAUGGACUGGCAGUACUACCUGCCCGACUGGCUGGGCAUGCACGGCCAUGAAUCCUUACUACUCCCAAUGCCUCCAAGCCACUUCUAGUUCGAGUCUUUCGACCGUCUCAUCACUGUCGAGCCCUGUCACUAGUGAACCCGCUACCACCACAGCUCCUCGAAGCUCGACAUCCACUUCAACGAGCACCCUCACAGGAAUUGCAGGCACCGCCCCGACUGUUGGACCUUCCAAGAAAGUUGGGAAGCUUCCAGCCCUUGGUUGGAACACAUGGAACGCUUACGGUUGCGAUAUCGAUGAAUCUAAGGUUCUCGCUGCUGCGAACCAAUUCGUCUCUCUGGGCCUAAAGGACGCUGGUUAUGAAUAUGUCAACAUCGAUGAUUGCUGGUCUGAAAUGAGUCGCGAUCCGACAACCGGGCGUAUCGUACCGGACCCUGCCAAGUUUCCAGACGGCAUAAGUGGUGUUGCGAUGCAGGUUCAUAACCUCGGUCUGAAGAUUGGAGUCUACAGCGAUGCCGGAACAGCCACCUGCGCUGGAUUUCCAGGCUCUUUAGGCAAUGAGAAUAUUGAUGCCGCUACUUUCAACGACUGGGGAAUUGACUAUCUCAAAUAUGACAACUGUAAUGUUCCCGGCAAUUGGAGCGACAGUGCUACUCCACCGGAUAAUGAUUGCAAUUCUAACUCUGCCAUCCGAUACCGCCAAAUGACUGCGGCUCUUGCUGCUCAAUCUCGCCCUGUCCAAUUUAACUUGUGCAUCUGGGGUACCGCAAAUGUAUGGGACUGGGGCGUGCGCGUUGGCCAUUCCUGGCGUAUGUCUGGCGAUGCGGGACCCACUUGGAGUUAUAUCACGUCCAUCAUUAGUAUCAACGUGCAACAUUUGUCGUCUAUUGACUUCUUCUCUCACAACGAUAUGGAUAUGAUGGAAAUUGGGAAUGGUGCACUCACUAUCCAGGAGCAGCGCACACACUUCGCUGCAUGGUCCUUCUUGAAAAGCCCCAUUUUACUCGGCACGGACUUGAGCAAGCUGUCAUCUGACCAACUCGCUAUCAUCAAGAACAAAGAACUCCUUGCUUUCCACCAAGACAGUGUCAUCGUUACCCCUGCCGCGCCAUUUACGCCUUCGCCCUCCGCGCCCGCUACCAACCCACCAGAAUUCUAUGCCGGAGAGUCAUCAAAAGGCAUUCAUGUGUUCAUCAUCAAUACCUCCAACACCACAGCAACCAAGACUUUCAAUUUCGCCAACGUGGAAGGGUUGUCUGGACGUGGACUGUUCACGGUGCAUGACAUGUGGACGGGCAAGGAUAUUGGGAAGUUUAGUAGGAGUUAUUCGACGAGAUUGGAUGCACACGAUACGGCCGCCUUCUUGAUCGAGUCAACCAAGAAAAAGAGAUCACCACGCACCUAGUUGUUUCUAUGUGCUCGAGAGUCCGAAGCCAAUGAAAGUGAAUCAAUGGACCCGCAAAGAACGAAGCAAAGAGAUUGGGUAGAUAAGAUUAACCUCUAAGAUACCUCUUGUACACCUCGUUAUCGGUCUCCUCUACGUAUGGAUAUCCAAGACGUUG